AUGAAGGCUACAACUAUUCACCUAGUGUUGUUCCUGACCUCGGCGGCAGCCAUCGUCAUUCCCACCAAGACAGCCGUGGCUGCAUCCUCUGCUCAGACUCCCACAUCUUUCAACAUCACCAACGUUCCGCCGCCUACAGGGGGUGAUCAAGGCCAUGACCAAGAUACUGAUGAGGGCAACCUCGCGCCCUGGGAACAAUCGUUCUGUUCUAUGAAACACCAUCACAAAGCAAAGUCAUCACAUCAUAAGAUGGAGCAUCCCGCCCAUCUGGGGGGGAAAGACACCAAAGGCAAGCAGACGCCAGCUUGGCAGCGCUGCAAGAAACAUCUCGACAAGCAUCUGCCGCCCGAGAGAAUGGAAGGUCAUGGGGAGUGCUUCAAGAAGUGCGUCGGCUUCAAGCUACCCUUCAUCUCGAAGCUGAUACCCGAGGGCAUGAUGGAGCCUGUCUGUGAGGGCAUCUGCGGGUGCAAGGGCUCUGAGCAAUGUAAGGGUCAAGACUCGGGAGGCGAGGAGAAGCCGAAGGAGGAAAACCCUCCUGUUCCGUAUGAGGGCAUGAACGAGAUGAACGGAUUGGCCGAAUGGAUUGCAAAGGAAAAAGGGAUCGAGCCGGCCGAGAAUGAAGAAAACGCUCCGCUCAGAUCCGUGGGAGAUGUCUCAACGGCACAUGUAUGA